ACUGAAACAGUAACUUGAGGAAUGCCGGCGGAGUAAAAAGAAAACCAAAAUACAAAGCAAGAAGAUGUUGAGAGCGAUCUCGCACAUACGAAACUCCAUUUCUCAAACCCUAACAAACCCGACCCAACUCCCCUCUUGUUACUUACUCACUUCCCACUCUCAGGCCCGUCUCAGACACCGUGAAUCCAAGUCCGAUGAGUCCAAUACAGACCCAAACACUCCUCCCAGGCUAUUCGUAGUCCAGCCCAAAAUCCGACCCGACUCCGUUCUGAAAUUAAAAUUAGAAGAAGCUCUCAAUCUCGCUAAUUCACUUGAAGAGCAAAGAGAUGGAUUUUACGCUACUGAAUUCUCUGAUAAAGACUUGCCCUCGCAUCUCGUUGUUCAAAAUCCUGCUGCCCGCACCACUCGUGCAGAUACUUAUUUUGGACUGGGGACGGUGAAUAAUGUUAAAUGCCAUUUAAACGCAGCGGAUUCUGGAGAUGGUUUUGAUGCCGUUUUUGUGAAUGCGAUUUUGAGCGGGGUCCAGCAGCGGAAUCUGGAGCAAGCUUGGGGUAAGCCGGUUUUGGACCGUGUCAGUCUCAUUAUAGAGAUAUUCCAUGCCCAUGCCCAGACUAAAGAAGCAAAACUGCAGGCCGAGUUAGCUGCUUUGAUGUAUAAGAGAAGUAGGCUUGUUCGUGUACGUGGUCCUGGUGGACGUUAUACAUUUGGUGGAGAAGUUGAGGUCGUGAGUGCCAGAGGGAGAGGAAGUGGUGGGCGUGGUUUUAUCAGUGGUGCUGGUGAAACUGAACUUCAGUUGCAACGUAGAAGAAUCAUUGAACGUCGGAACCAGCUGUUAUCUGAGAUCAAAGAGGUUCGUCGCACCCGCGCUUUACAACGUGCUUCUCGAAAGCGGCAAGGGAGAUCAGACGGUCAAGACAUGGCCACCAUAGCUGUUGUUGGGUACACCAAUGCUGGGAAAUCUACUUUAGUAAGUGCACUAUCAGACACUUAUCUCUACAGCGAUGAUCGAUUGUUUGCCACAGUCGAUCCUAAACUAAGAAGCGUUGUCCUUCCAUCAGGGAGGAAAGUGCUUCUUAGUGACACAGUAGGAUUUAUAUCAGAGCUGCCUGUCCAGUUAGUAGAAGCAUUUCAUGCCACCUUAGAAGAAGUGGUGGAAGCAGACCUACUCGUGCAUGUCUUAGAUUCAAGUGCUCCAAAUCUUGAUGAGCAUCGGCAAACUGUAAUGCAAGUUCUUGAGCAAUUAGGAGUGUCGAAAGAGAAACUUCAGAAUAUGAUUGAGGUUUGGAAUAAGAUUGAUAUCGGAGAAAAGCAAAUAGACGGUGAUGAAACUGGUGCAGGUGAAGAUGUUGAAUUUGAGCAUUUAUCUGAUGACCAAGAGGAUAACAGCAAUGCUGAUGUAGAAGAGUUGUCACUAGGAAAUGAUGAAGGUGAUUACUCGGAUGGUUGGCUUGCUUCAGAAAAUGGACAAGUGACAUUGAGUGAUAAUGAUGGUUCAUCUUUGGGGUGCAAGAAUACAAAUGAUCUACAAGAAAAUCCCUGUAUGAUCAUUGAUAAUGGUUCCCAGUGUCAACCUGAAAAUGUUGGUCCACAUGUAAAAACGUCUGCCUUGACGGGAGUUGGAUUGCAAGAAUUGCUCGAACUAAUUGAUGAGAGAUUAGAAGUUCAGAAAGUCGUACAUCGAAGCAUGUUUAAUUCCAAAUGGAGGCCUUUAAAUGCAGAUGAAGCUGUUGUAGCAGCUGAGCAGUAACUUGCAGAAUACUAGCAGAGGUCAAUAUAUUCUCAGAUUUUUAUUUUCCUUCUGAUAAGAGUACAACUUUUCAACUAUGUAUGUAAGAUACAUACUCCUAUAUCAUAUCAAAUAGGCGCGAACCCUUGUCUUAGA